AUCUUUAUUGAGCAAAAAUUUCGAAAUUUGAAUCAAUUGCUUUUGCUUUUGACUAAUUCUGAAACAAAGAGCUUGAAUCAAUUCAUUUGUGUAACCAAAACACUUCUAGAUAAAAUAAUAUUGGAUGAUAUACUCUUUGUUCAACAAACUCAUCGAGAUUUAUACAAACUCACUGAUAUUAUUGCAAAUUAUUAUGCUUCAAUUAUAUUGAUACCCAUUUUGCAAUGUUGUCUUGGAACAACGUACAAUUCAUUUGGCUUGAUCAGCAAAAUCAAACUUUUAUCUACGAAAGCAGAGCUUAUUAAAUGGAUCAUUGGGUUAUUAUGGAUCAUAAGAUAUCUCUAUCCUAUUAUGAUUCUCAAUGGCUUUGUUAAUAAAAUGGUUCUUCAAAUGAAAAAGACUGGUGAAAUCAUCCACGAAAUUUUGGAUAUAAAUUUCAUAAAUAUGGGAGUGGUGGAACAGUUACGACAAUUUUCCAUCGAGCUUCUACACAGAAACCCUCGUAUUACUGUUUACGGAUUAUUUUCGCUAUCUUCCAGCUUAAUAACAUCUAUGAUUGGUAUGAUACUCACUUACAUGAUCAUACUUAUACAAGUCAGAGAUAGCUUUUUAGAGCAUUAAUGAAUAAAAAGAAGGGUGGUGGAUAUUUUAAUUUGAUAAUUGACUUGAAAUAGUAUAAAAAUCUCUUUGCUAUUAAUUAUUUUUGAUUUUUUAUAUCAUGAUUUUACAAUAAACUCAAAAUUGGAAAUGUAAAAUCAGAGCAACUUUUACUAAUGACAGCAUCAUGUUGGUGGAGUAUAAAAUUUAAUUCUCUUCUCAGUUCCUACAUGAACUGGAUACUUUGUUUUUUCUAUAUAUCUCGCUAGCACUAUAUCCAAAGGAGUUUCUAAAAAAAAGCAGUUGAAAAAAAAGUUAAAAAACAGUAGUUAAAAAAAAGAUCAUCCAUAGAAUUCUGAUUAAAUACCUAAAGAUAUCCAUUUUGAAUUUUCAGUCUUGAACAUAGUGUAAUUAUUGCCUCCAUUGUAAAGGUAAUUAUGCAUGAUUACUGUAUACACUCUAUUUAAAUUUAAUUUAUAAUACUUUGGCUCUCGACAUUUAGCACAUCGAAGGAAAACUCCUCUUAAAUAUAAUACUCGUGAGCCAACAGGUCGUGUGAGAUCAUAUGUGACUUGAAGUCCAGAGAAUUGUAAAAAUUGUCCUGUAUAUGAAAUAUUAUUUCGACCCAAUUCAUGUUGCGCAAUGCUGU